UGCUGACCUGCCCCAACCUGCCGGCCGGCCGGGCCGUGGACUGGACGCGACGCGCCGCAUCGCUCAUUUCGUCAUUCAGUCUCGAUCUGUCGCCGGCGCCGCUCGCUCCAGCACCCAGCACCCCGACAGCGCGCGCGACGACCCAACCGAGUGCAUGUUUACGUUGACGGCACGCAGCAGCACGCAGCCGCCAUGAACGACCUGAACCGGGUGACCAGCACCAGCAGCAUGGCGACGAGGAGGCACGCCGCGGACAUGGAGUCCGUCAUCCUGGGCGGCGGCGUCAUCCCCUUCGACCAGAUGUCCCUCACGUCCAUCACGUCGAGCGCCUUCAGCUCCGUCCGGUCGCAUUCGACCCUCAUCGAGAGUGAGGGUUUCGUCCCGCGCACCAAGAUCUGCCUGAUCGGCGAGAGCGUCUCGCCCACACUGGAGGCCGCUGCAGAGACGUUCGGGCUGGAGGUUGUCACCUCGCUGACGGGCUCGGAGUACCUGGACGACGCGUCCGUGGUCCUCGUCGUCAAGGACGUGGAGUCCCCGGCCUUCGAGAACCUCGUGGACAUCAAGUGGCGGGUGUUCGGCAGCAUGGCGCUGAUCCAGCUCGCCAACGACCUCCUGCCGCUGCCGAUCGUCAAGCGGCCCCUGUUCUGCUUCACCAUGAAGGGCGUGGUGACGUGCUUCACCGGGAUCCGCGACCGCAACUUGAUCAUGGAGCUGAUGUUCCUGAUCCGGAGCAUGGGCGGCAGCGUGCGCCUGGAGCCCAACCGCCACACGACGCACCUCAUCGCCGCCGUGACGACGGGCCCCAAGUACGAGUACGCGUCCACCUUCCUGGUGCCGGUCAUGUCCACCGAGUGGGUGUGGGCGUGCUGGCGGAUGCGGGACUCGCCCACCGUGCACGCCAACGACGAGGCGAUGAUGGUGCACCGCCUGGGUCCGUUCGUGGGGACGAAGGUGGCGUUCGUGGGCUUCCCCAAGGCCGAGGUGGACGAGGCGGAGAAGCUCCUGGAGUCGAACGGCGGCCAGCUGGUCGACGCCACCAGCGCCGAGUGCACGCACAUUGUUGCCGAUGACGACUCGCCGGUCACCAUCCCCGCCGGCGUGCGCCCCGAGGCCGCGCUGGUGACGGCGUCCUGGUUCUGGUCGAGCAUCCAGCAGGUGAUGCGUUGCUGCGAGGACGAGUUCGCCGUGCCCGAGGAGAGGCUGCGCAAGCCGCCGAAGAGGGGCUCCGUGCGGCGGCGCUCCACCGGGCCGAAGCUGUCCAGGAACAAGGAGAACGUGGAGCCGGACUCGGCCAGCCCCAGCCCCAACCCCUACCGCCAGCACCGCGCGCUGCGCCGCGUGUCGCUCGCCGAGUUGCCCUCCCCCAACAUGUACGCCGAGAAGACGCUGACGCCCUGCACUCCCUGCAAUCCCUGGACGCCCUACAACCCUGACUUCCCUGACAUCCCUGACACCCCCAACAUCCCUGACGUGUUCAACGACGGGACGUUGCUACCGGCGUCCGCUCCUCCCGCCGAAAGUCUGACGGGGACGUGCUGGAGUCCACGUGGCGGCUCCCUCGGCUCGCCCAUCCUAUCCCAGCCCUGCGCAUCCGUCCGCCCACCGAGGACUGCGCCUCCCCUGACCUGGUCCCGCCCAGGCCAGCCGGGCACGCCGGGCACCCCGCGCACCCCGCGCACCCCAGGAAGAAGGUCUCUGUCUUCGACCGACUGUACUACUCCAAGAUCCCCAAGAAGUGCUGCUGCACGCCCUCUCCGCCGGCAGUCCCUGGCGCCGCUGUCCAGAAAGGGAAGCUUGGACGGCGUGGCGGCGUCGCCCAUUAGCUCUCGCUUCGGGGCCUUCCUGGAGCUCAUGCACACCGAGGAGAACUACGUGGGGAUCCUGGACGCCAUCUUGCAGAUGAGGACCGAGGCGCUCAACUCUGGGCAGGCGGGGGGCGUGCUGCUGACGCAGACGGAGGCGAAAAUGAUUUUCGGGGCGCUGAUGCCGAUCGCCCGCACGCACCACGCCAUCCUCAAAGACUUGCGCGUCAUCUACAACAAUUGGUCCGAGGCGGCCGACGUUGGUGCCGUGUAUCAGAAGCACAGCCCGGAGCUGCUGCGCCACUACGCGCCGUUCGUGUCGUCGUUCGAGGACGCCAAGGAGACCCUGCAGCAGGCCAGCGAGCGCAACCCGCGCUUCCACGCCUUCCUCAAGGUGUGCAAGGGCAAGCCGGAGUGCGGGCGCCAGGAGCUGCACGAGCUCAUGAUCCGGCCGGUGCAGCGCCUCGGCAGCACGCUGCUGCUGCUCAGAGAAAUCCUGAAGCACACCCCCGAGGACAGCCCGGACCGCAAGCAGCUGGAGUCGGCGCUGGAGAGCCUGUCGCACGUGCUGUCCUUCAUCAACGAGGACAAGCGGAAGAUGGAAGGGCUGUGCCGGGUCUUCGACGUGUUCAACCUCAUCGAGAAGUGCCCCGCGGACGUGAUCGCGUCCCACCGGUCGCUGGUCGUGGAGUGCGAGGGCGUGGAAGUGACUGAGCACGGCUUCGGCAAGCAGGGCAACACCUUGGCCUUCUUCAUCUUCACCGAUGUCAUUUUGGUGUGCAAGAAGAAGUCGAAGGUGGUGGCCAUGAUGAAGGGCCAGACGGGCAGCAGCGUCCCCCAGAGGGUGCUCAAGGUGGUGCGCGGCAAGCCCUACAAGUUCCUCCAGAUGCUGCCGCUGUCCACCGUCAGGAAGGUCGUCGACGUGGCCAACAGCGAGACCGUGUCCAACACCAUGGGGGUCGUGUUUCGCGGCAAGACGGAGAUGCGGGAGUCCUGCUCGUACUUCCGGCUGCCGGACUCGACGGACAAGGCCCACCUCCUGGAGCGCUGGACCGGCGCCCUGGCCGCCCACAACUGCGUCGCCGACCCGGCCAAGUUCUUGCAGCGCGAGACCGCCGAGGAGGCGGGCAUCCUCAGCACCACCGAGCUCCUGUCGAAGCAGAUCAACAAGGCCGCACUCAUGGCCGUGAAGACCCAGGUGAUCGUGACCAGCGCCUUCCUGGGCAGGACCCAGAGCAACGCGUCCAAGAGCAGCUGCACCUCCCCGCCGUGCGUCAUGAGCUCGUUCAACAGCCUCUCCAAGUUGGAGACUAUGCAGGAGCGCCUCCAAGAGGAUGACGAGGACGAGCCUACAGAGAAACCGAAGCCAUCGUCCCUCACGGCAACCAUUAUGAAACGCAUGUAGUUUUCUCGUGUGCAUGUAGCUUUAGUUUUAAAAAAUGUAAGCAAAUCUAGUCUAUUUGGUUUAAUGUUUAAA